GAUCAGUUCAUGACAGCUUCAACGUUGGGCAACAGCAGAAGAGCGUGGAAGCGGAUUGGAGCGCAGCAAAGGUGCAGCUUUUGGUCAGAUACGUCUUCGCAUACGAUACACACUUGCUACCUACUCGCGCGCUGCCGUCACAACGCUCACCAUGACCGCGGAAUCCUCCAGCACAGACAUCUGGUCGGAUAUUCUCAGGAGCGCAGACAGGUCCACAGCGGGAAGGGAUACUUAUAGGAGGAAGAAUGUGAUUGUGCUCUCCGAGAAGAAGCAUGGUCGGCGGCAUCUCAUAGAUCAGCUCGUCGAAGCGUCCGGAUCUUCAUCGAGGCGCAAACAGAGGCAAAAGGUGGCCCAGCCAGUCAAACCUAGCCCAGUCUUAGCUAUGGGUUACAAUAUCCUUGAAGUGAAGGACGAAGCGGGCGAGGAGGACAUCGCCCCGCCCAUCUCCAUCUUUUACCCCCCUUCCUCUCAUCGAUCCAUGUUGCGUCUCAUCCCGCAUUCUUUACCGCCAAGCAGCUUCGCCGACACAGCAGUGGUCAUUGUUCUGGACUGGACAAGACCGUCGUCUAUGGUCAAAGAAAUCGUCAUGUGGUUGGACUGGGUUGAGAGGUGGGCGAGUGACAGUGCGGCGAGAGGUCAAGGCGAAGAGAUGAGGGAUAGAUUACAAUCCCACAUUCAACAUUAUUCUGAACCGAAUCCCACCGCUAGCGGACCAUCCACAGCCGCCGGUCCCACGACCCCCUCCCUUCCUUCAUUAUCCUCGACCUAUGGCUCUGGCCCGUUACUUCCUCUUGGCCCUGGGACACUUAUCCUCAACUCUCAUGGCGUGCCCAUCAUCGUCGUAUGCACCAAGGCCGAUUUAAUGGACAAUGUCGCCGAGGAAAUGGGUAUGAAAGGCGCAGGAUGGGAAGAGCGGACGGAUUGGAUUCAACAAGUCUUACGGACCAUCUGUCUUGCAUAUGGCGCUGCACUGUUCUACACUGCCCCUACACAACCUCAGACCUACACCAAUCUCCGUCGAUACCUCCUGCACAGAUUAUACACCAUACCACCACCACUGAACCCCACUUCCGAUACACCGCUUCCCACCGCCUCUUCAUCCCGAUUCCCAUUCUCACAUCGUGCAAACGUCCUUGACAGAGAUGCCAUCAUGGUCCCUACAGGAUGGGAUUCAUGGGGGAAAAUAAAUGUUCUCAGAGAAGGCUUUGACCCUGACCAAGUGAAUAAAGCUUGGCAAGUCAGCUUGAGAAGGGUCAGAGAUGGUGAGGAGGAGGGAGAUGACGAAGAGGGUUUGGAGGAUCUUUGGGUGGGCAUGAUCCCGGAUAUCGAGAGCGAGCCCAAGCGAACCGACCUUCACGCCAUUACGACCACAUGCGAGCCUGAGCAAACGUUCCUAGCUCGUCAAUUGGACAUUCUUCAAAAGGAUCCGAAUAGAGAUCCGCGAGCUUCCUUCAGACAAGCAGCAGCAGCCGUCUCAGCUUCAGCCGCCAAUGCUGGGUCACCAUCCAUCGCCAUUACGCAAAACACCAGCGAGAGUGGCGUUGUCGGACCCAUGGGCGCAGGUGGACUCAAUCUGCCCGGGGUCGAAAAAGCAAUGGCUGAGAUGGAAGGUGGGAGCGCAGACGACCUGAAAGAGAGGUUCGCAAAGCUCGGCAGGAGAGAAUCUACUCGUCCUGGUGGGCCUUUAUCACCUACGUCACCUGGUAAUCCCGGUACAACUGCUGUGCCGAAUGAAGCCCUGCACAACUUUUUCCAAGGCCUGCUCGCUACGAAGGGUAAGACAAGCACGAGCUCCACUGCGAGCACAAAACUGGCACCUUCGCCGCAAGUUUCUGCAAAGUCGCAGAACGGCGAUGUCUAGGAUUGGCAGAACGCGCAGAGGGCGAAGGGAUGCGAGUUUUAUCAGCUGCUUAGACACCACGGAUAA